UAGAGCUAAAGUGGCCGGAAUUGUACUUAAGUAUAGCGUUAGAUUGUGAGAUAAACAAGUGCUUAUGAAGCGAUCUAUAUAUAUUUAACAUUGAGAAAAAAAAAAUAAUAAAUAAGACGCUUGAAUUCUUUUUCACGCCUAUACUCUAGUGUUGUAGCAACAGGAAGUUGUUGAAAUAAAAAAAAUUUGGAGUAUUUCGCCACUCGAAUAUUUAAUAAUCUAUUAUUAUGAACAAGUUGGUAGUAACUCUGUUAGUUAUCUUUAUACUUGUGAUAAUAACGGGAAGUCUUUGUUAUUUUAUUAUAUCAAAUGUUGAUUAUAAAUAUGAUUGCGAUAGCGCGCACUCAGGUAAACUUGUCAUUGAUACGGAUGCUGGAGCCGAUGAUGCUGCGGCUAUUCUGUUGAUUUUGUCGGCAUGGGCGAACAAUGAUACCAGUUACGAUGUAAUCGGAAUCACGUGCGUCUAUGGGAAUACUGAUGAAGAAAAUGUCGAACAGAAUGUACUCAAGACUCUCACAGUUGCCAAUAUAUCUCACAUUCCCGUCUACGGAGGAGCAAAGAAACCUUUGAUGGGAAAUUAUACCGCAGAGGAUUGGUUUGGUAUUGAUGGCUUAGGCGACUUCAAUUUCGAAGAUGAAAUCAACGGUGAAAUUGAUCGAUCUACUCAUGCAGCAGUAGCUUUGGUUAAUUUAGCUAAAAAGUAUCCCGGUGAACUUAAUGUACUUGUUCUCGGCCCACUGACAAAUAUUGCGAUAGCAGUAUCACUGGAUCCGGAUUUCGCGCGCAAUGUUAAAAGAUUUUUCAUUAUGGGGGGCAGUGUGUCAGGUGUCGGAAACAAAUCUCCAGGUGUUGAAUACAAUUUCGGAAGCGACCCUGAUAGUGAUUUUAUUGUCUUAAAUAUUGCUAAAAAUAUUCCACAUCUUUUAUUCCCGUGGGAGACAAGUAUAGCGUCGAAUAUAUCCCAAAAUUGGAGGGGCAAUGAGUUGGGUUCAAUAAAUUCGAGCUCCGUAGAGUUUUUAAAUAAAGCCGAGCAAAAAGUUUUCAGUUAUGGCUUACAAAGAUGGUCUCCAUCGGAUGCUAUGACGGCUGCUGUAAUGAUGUGGCCAAAUUUAGUGAAAAAAUCAAUUAAUAUCAACGCAAUACCCGUGAUUGAUGGAGCAGCAAGAGGUUCAUUGCUGAUCGACUAUUUGGAAUUGACAACGAAACCAAAGAAUGUUGAGAUAAUACAAGAAAUAGACGUCGAAGAAUUCAAACACAUACUUAUAUAUUAUUUGUCAUAAUUAAUUCUAUGCGGUUAUGAUGAAUGUGGAGGUCACUUUAGCUAAUGUAAAAAGUAUUUAAAAAAUUUAUGUAUGUUUUGAUGGGCCACUCCAUAAAAUGUGUGCCUUUAUUAUUAAUAAAUAUCAAAAUUACUUUCAUAA